AUGGCUGCUCUAGCGCGAGGUCAUACAAGUACUAUUGCCGUAGAGAAGAAACGCAGUCCGUCUCCUUCAGAAUCGGAACAAGUCCGUGUUCUCGGCAUCUCAGAGUAUGAGCAAGCUGCUCAAGCUCUCGCUGAAGCAUUCGCCGUCGAUGAAGUUGCAAGAUACUUCAUUGACACGGAUGACAUGGCUUCUUACUCUGAGGAGUACAAGUGGAAGCUUCACGUUGAUAUCCUCCGCUAUGUCACCGCUGCCCAUUGCUACAAAGGCCUCGUAACCACGAUCGGUCCAAACUAUGAUGCCGUUGCACUGUGGAUGCCUCCAGGAAAGAACAUGGAUGAUUGGUGGACCAUCAUACGUAGUGGCAUGUGGAGAUUGUUGUACAAGCUUUCUCGUGAAGGGAAAACCCGCUUCUACAACGAGUUUCUGCCGCUGUUGCACGAUACGAAGCACAAGGUCAUGGGCGAGAGAGACGACAAUUCGUGGUAUCUCGUGUAUCUUGGCUCGAAGCCAAGUGCGCGUGGGAAAGGAUAUGCCAAGAAGUUGAUCGAGCAUGGGACUGCCAUCGCCGACCGUGAAGGUCGUGCGACAUACCUAGAGUCCAGCGCUCUCAGUAAUCAGGCAUACUACGAGAAACAUGGCUUCAAGCACAUUGUCGACAUCUCCAUGAAUCGAAACCCGAAACCGGUCAAUUUGCAUAUCAUGGUUCGGGAACCAAAGAUCCUUGCUGAGAGUGUGGAUGGGAAGACAUCAGAGCAGACUGUGGAAAUCAGAAUGCUCUGA